UAACAAAUUAUACUGGACAAAGAUUGACGAAGGAAAGAAGAAGAAAAAGAAUAUAUAUUAAGAAGAUAUUUUAUCAAUUUUUCGUUUUUAUCACAACGAGAACUUAUCUGUGAGAACGCACGUGACACAGCGUGUUUCUAGAAGAAAUCACUUAGGAAAAGCAUUGAAGGAGGAAGUCAAAAUGAGCGAAAAACGUGGUACGAAAGCUCUCGAGCUCUGGUGCAGACGAAUAACCGAGGGUUAUCCGGGUGUAAACGUACAGAACAUGACCACCUCGUGGCGAGAUGGGCUCGCAUUUUGCGCCAUGAUUCAUCACUUUCGUCCCGACCUCAUCGAUUUCAACAGCCUUAACAAGGACGACGUCUAUGGAAACAACGAGCUGGCAUUCAGAAUCGCCGAGCAGCAUUUAGGAAUACCCGCUCUUUUGGAUGCCGAAGACAUGGCUUCCUGUUCCGUGCCUGAUCGAUUAUCGAUUCUAACCUAUCUCUCACAAUUCUAUCAAACCUUCAAAGGAUCGUCUCCUAGCCGUUUAGCGACGAACAGAACAGUCGAAACAACGGAAGAAAGAAUCGCCCCGGUUCCAGAAUCACCAAAAGCCAAGGUGGGGUCGCGUCUGGGAAUGCGUCGAGAUCCGUGCGCGUCGUGCGGACUUCCGGUUUUCCUCGCGGAGAAGCUGGUGAUCGGACACGCAGCCUACCAUCGUACCUGCUUCCGUUGUGCCCGUUGUGGGAACCAAUUGAUGCCUGACAGUUAUUACGAGACUGAGGAGGGCCAGUAUUGCUGCGAGACCUGUCCCGACGAAGAGAGGACCUUUUUAUCGUCAUCGACGUCGUCGUUAUCAUUAUUGACGAAUCGUCGUUUAGAAAAAGAUAGCGACAAAGGUAACGAGGAAGAACAAGAAGGAGAAGAGGAACAGGAAGAAGAAAUAGAGGUUGAAGGAGGAGAAGAAGAAGAAGAAGAAAAGGAAGAAGUGAAAAUGACGGAUAUGGUGGUGGAUAACCGAGUUUCCGGUAAUGGCCACCGAAGGUCUCUCAGUGAUGAAGAAAAAACAGAACGGAAGAUGGUAUUAGAAUUAAAGGACGAUGAAAAUGUCGUUGUUCUUGCUAGGAAACGAUCGGUAGACGCACAGAUACCAGAUCUGAUAUCGCAGACCUCACGAAUGAGGCUCGACUUUAUGGCGAGUCAAUUGUUCUCGGAGAGAAAUGACGAGAAUAUCGAGGAUGAAAGGACAAAGAGAAAUAUAUUCUCUGGAGAGAAGAAUGAAGAAUUAGAGGAAGGAGAUGAGGUGGAGGCGGAGGCGGAGGCGGAGGCGGAGGAAGAGGAGGAGGAGGAGGAAGAGGAAGAGGAGGAGGAGGAGGAGGAGGAAGAGGAAGAGGAGGAAGAGGAGAAGAAGAAGAAGAAUAAGGAAGUCCUUCGUACGGAGGAAUCGACGAAUCUCGAUGACCGACCUCGACCGAGAUUGUCGAGUAUCGAAGAUACCAAGAAUUCCAAAGAGGAAGCUAUUAAUAAUUCGCUUCCAGAAUCGGAGUCAAUUAUUCAUUCGAAUUGCUCGGCGACACCUUUGCAAAAUGAAACGACGCUUUCGCAUAGUGAUUCGAAUAAAGUUCAAAUACCGUCCCCACCUGUAAGAGCAAACAGGAGAAACAAUGUGCCAAAGGAGGAAGCUAUUAAAUGUCCCAUGGAUGAGAGUAACGAAACUAAGGAUGAUCGUAGAAUCCAAGAUUCUUUAAAUAAUUCAGUUGGCAGCCUUACCUUCUUAACUGCUCAUGGGACAAGUGAAAAAUAUCCAGAAGAAUUAAAUCCCUUUAAAAGCGACGAAGAAAAUGAGGAAGAAUAUCAUACUGUUGUGAAUAAUAGCAUUAAAAGCAUUAGCAAGAUCUCGACUAAUCCGUUUGAUGACGAUAUUACUCAUGAUGAAGAAGACGAAGAUAAAGUAGAAAAUGAGCUUCCUUUGCCAGAAUCGAAACCACCAGUCACGGUUCUACCGGCUAAACGGCGUUUGACUGCACCACAGAUCAGUCUCAAUCCAUUCUCCAGUGACGAGGAAGAUGAACAUGAAAGUGAUACGGAGAAUAAACGAAUCGUGGUAUCUGGUACAGUGCCUAUACCCAAGCCACGUACUAUCACAAAUACAACCGAGCUGGGAUUGAUUCAACGAAAAUCCAAUUUGAAUCGUAGAGGCGUUUAUGCAUCAAAUAGCUCAAUAACUAGUUCGGAAUCGACCUCAACGCCAGGUGGAACAUAUAGGAAGAAAAAACCAGCACCGUUGCCACCAACGGCCAAGGAACUGUUCUCUUCCACUGGCUAUCGUAGCGUGUCUCCCCGUACUACACCACGAACACGAAAGGCGAAGCCAGCUCCUCCUCCACCUAUACCUACGAGCACUCCGAAUGCAUCCGUCAAUACUUCUUUGGUUCUUGAAGAAUCUCCGAUAAAUCAGGCCGAUGAUAUCGGCGAUGAUACACGUGUAAAUAUGUGGGAAGAUCAGAAGAAUAACAAGGACGAGGCCAACAGAAACAGACAGAGUUUGACUAGUGUUUCCUGCGUAGAAAGCCCACAAUUUAAAUCUUAUCCGGAUAAGAGUGUUCAAGGAAAGUGGAAAAGGAAGAAGGGACCAGCGCCGCCACGUCCUACACCACACCGUAGAAAAAUCAAAGUUAUGUCCAUGAAAGACGUCAAAUUAGAAUUGGAUGAAAUAGAAUUACAACAGCAAGGUUUAGAAAGACAGGGUGUACGUUUGGAACAAUUAAUUAGAGACAAAUGUGAAACAGGGCCACGAGUUGAUGAAUCUUCUCUCAGUAUGGACGUCGAAGAACUCAUUUUAGAAUUAUUUGCUUUGGUCAAUGAAAAAAACGAAUUGUUUAGGAGACAAGCUGAAUUAAUGUUACUACGUAGGCAACAAAGAUUGGAAGAGGAACAUGCUGAUGUUGAAUAUCAAAUACGUUGUCUUAUGUACCAACCAGAAGCUACAAAAACGGAUUUCGAUAAACAGAGAGAAGAGGCUUUAAUACAAAGGUUAGUAGAAAUCGUAGAAAGGAGAAAUGAAAUAGUAGAAUGUUUAGAAAUGGAUCGUAAAAGAGCAGUCGAGGAAGAUAAGAGUAUUCACAAACAUAUGGGAUUAUUUGCUGCUAGAAACAAAAGCGAUGCUACCAAUAGUAAUAAUGAUUCUUCUUCUAAUUCCACAAAAAUGAAAAAAAGUAAAAUAAAAGAAAAGAUAAAAGAGAAGAAGUUUAAAAAAUUAUCUAAAAAGGAUGCCGACAAGGACGUGGAUGAGACUGAAGUGAAACUCAAACGCCACAACAAUAAGCGGAAGUGGUUUUGAGUUAUUAAAAUAUUAAUUGUUAAAUAUUAUUAGCUAUAAAGUUUUUUGCAAAUAAGCUAGUUAUCGUUUAAUACUUUUAUAAAUAUUUUUAACGCGAUUUGUUAUUUAUAAAUACAAAAGAUUACCAUAAAA